AUGUCUUUCCUCUUCGGCAGAGCACGCUCUCGAGCAACCGCAGACCUGCCCAGACAAGCUCGAGAGCAUGUGUUGCGGCUCGAGGGCCCCAAUGGCGGUGCCAAGGCAGAAGAGCUGGCGCGGGUCCUGAGCCAGAUGAAAGUCGUCCUGCAAGGAACGCAAGAAACGGACAGUUCUCCCGAGCAAAUCUACCACCUGGUGACCGGCCUCAUAGACGAAGACCUGCUGCACCUGCUGGCAGUCAACCUGUACCGACUGCCGUUCGAGUCACGAAAGGACACCCAGGUCAUAUUCUCGUACGUGUUCCGGUUCCGGCCGGCGUCGGCUGCCCCGAAGAGCGACCCAAUCGCUCUAUCCUACGUCGUGUGUAACCGGCCACAGGUUCUCGUCGAGCUGUGCCGGGCGUACGACCACAAGGAAAGCGCGAUUCCGGCCGGCUCGGUCCUGAGGGAGCUACUCAAGAACGAGGCCGCAGCGGCCAUCAUUCUGUACGACGACGGUGACGAACCUGGAUCCAGCGCCAAGGGCCUGAAUGCCAUUGAUCGGGACCGGCCGCAGAGCGGAAGAGGCGUUUUCUGGAGAUUCUUCGAUUGGAUCGAUAAGAGUUCUUUCGAGGUGGCUGCCGAUGCGUUUACUACUUUCAGAGAACUGUUGACAAGGCACAAGGAUCUCGUGCCCAGAUACUUGUCGGUCAACUUUGAAAACUUUUUCGAAAAGUACAAUGGCACCCUGGUCCAGUCGACCAGCUAUGUGACGAAACGACAGUCCAUCAAACUCCUUGGCGAGAUAUUACUGGAUCGCUCCAACUACACCGUCAUGACGGCAUAUGUUGAUCGUGGAGAUCACCUCAAAAUAUGCAUGAACCUGCUACGCGAUGACCGCAAAAUGGUUCAAUACGAGGGCUUUCACGUCUUCAAAGUGUUCGUCGCCAACCCACACAAAUCCAUCGCUGUUCAAAAGAUCCUCAUAAUGAACCGCGACAAGCUUUUGACGUUCCUGUCGCACUUUCUUGAAGACCGAACCGAUGACGAGCAGUUCAUUGAUGAACGAGAAUUCUUGAUCAAGCAGAUCCGAAACCUGCCACAUAGUCCUGUUCAAGCACAAAGAUGA